AUGGCACGGCGUGGGCAGCUGCAGGUGCUGCACGCGCUGGACGAGGCCAAGACGCAGCAGUACCACGUCCUUGCGGUGGUGAUCGCCGGCAUGGGCUUCUUCGCCGACGCCUACGACCUCUUCUGCAUCACCCUGGUCACCAAGCCUGGGCGCAUCUACUACCACGUCCCCGGCAACGAGCAACCGGGGAAGCUCCCGCCGAGGUUGGAGGCGGCGAUCAACGGCGUGACCUUCUGCGGCAUGAUCGUCGGCCAGCUCGUGUUCGGGUGGCUCGGCGAUAAGUUCGGCCGGAAGAUGUUCUACGGCAAGACCGUCAUGCUCAUGAUCCUCGGUUCUGUGCUCUCCGGCUUGUCGUUCGGGAACACGGCCCACGGCGUCAUGACCACGCUCUGCUUCUUCCGGUUCUGGCUCGGCGUUGGCAUCGGCGGCGACUACCCGCUCUCGGCGACCAUCAUGUCCGAGUACGCCAACAAGCGAACGCGGGGGAGCUUCGUCGCCGCCGUGUUCGCCAUGGAGGGUUUCGGCAUCCUCGCCGGCUGCAUUGUCACCCUGGUCGUGUCGGCGACUUUCCAGGCGCGCUUCAACGCACCGGCGUACGAGGAGGACCCCAGGGCGUCGACGCCGCCGCAGGCCGACUACGCGUGGCGCAUCAUCCUCAUGGUGGGCGCCAUCCCGGCCGUAUUCACCUACAGGUGGCGGAUGAAGAUGCCGGAGACGGCGCGCUACACGGCGCUGGUCGCCCGCGACGCCCAGAAGGCCGCGCGGGACAUGUCCAAGGUGCUCAAGGUGGAGAUCACCGGUGAGCCGGAGGUGGUCGAGAGCAUCACCAAGGACAGGGACUACGGCGUCUUCUCCCGCCGCUUCGCCCGCCGCCACGGCCUCCACCUCCUCGGCGCCGUCGCGUGCUGGUUCGUCCUCGACGUCAUCUUCUACUCCCAGAACAUCCUCCAGGAGGAGAUCUUUAGCGACGUCAAGUGGGUCCCCGAGGCGCGCACCAUGAGCGCGCUGGAGGAGGCGUACCGCGUCGGCCGCGCGCAGGCCAUCAUCGCGCUCUGCGGCACCCUGCCGGGCUACUGGUUCACGAUCGCCUUCAUCGACGUCGUCGGCCGGAAGGCCAUCCAGUUCCUCGGCUUCGCCAUGAUGAAGGGGCUCAUGCUCGCCGUCGCCGCCCUGUACGGCAGCCUGACGAAGCCUGGCCGGCGCAUCUGGCUGGUGGUCAUGUACACCUUCACCUUCUUCUUCGCCAACUUCGGGCCCAACAGCACCACCUUCAUCAUGCCGGCGGAGAUCUUCCCGGCGCACGUCCGGACGACGUGCCACGGAAUAUCGGCGGCGGCGGGAAAGGUCGGCGCGAUCGUGGGGACGUUCGGGUUCAUGUACGCCGAGCAGAAGGCGGACGGCAGCGAGGCGGCGGCGACCGGGUACCCGUCGGGCAUCGGCGUGCGCGCGUCGCUGUUCGUGCUCGCUGCGUGUAAUGUGCUCGGGAUUCUCUUCACCUGCCUCCUGCCGGAGCCGGUGGGCAGGUCGCUGGAGGACGUGUCCGGCGAGAGCGGCGGUCAAAGUGAAACCAUGGACGGCAACGAGACAGACGUGGCUGACUCGCAGGUUCUUCCGUUGUAG